GUGCAGUCGGGAGGGCGGAUCAUCGUGAAGGCAACGAGACUACAGUACGCCCGAUAAACUGUCAAAAAAUAGUCAACAAAGGACUCUCAGAAUGGCAGACUUGAGUCUGAGCGACGCUCUGACUGACGGUGUGCCCCAGUCUGGCCCGGAGACCCUGGUGGAGCGCGACUUCGUGGCCCAGUUGGAGGCCGAGACCUUCGACGACCAGGUGGGCGAGACCGUGGGCAAGACAGACUACGUCCCUCUACUGGACGACGACGACGGCAAGCAGAAAGAUGCAGUGCCGGGGUUGGAGAAUGGGGAGGAGGGCCAAGAGGCCCAACACCCUGGACUGGUGAGUUCUGCAGUGACACCGGGGGGACUGAUUACAGCGUCACGCCCAGAGCCUCAGGGGGAAGUAAGGCCGUGUUUGGCUGAACAACAGGCCUUCGUUCCAGACUUCCUACCAGGCUCCAUGGCUGGUUUCUCAGAUCAGUGGGGAGUCCAGCCCAACCAGUCUCAGAUGAUGGACCCCAGCCACGCAGGGAGCUUCCCAGGGUUCUCCCAGCCGGCUGGAGGUGUGAGCAUGGACGUGGGCGUGGCCCCCCUGCAGGGGGACCGCCCCCCCAGCAUCGCCGAGCCCCAGAGGCCGCCGCCCAUGCCAGCAGAGCCGCAGGUGCCCUCCAAAGACACUGCCGCCACCCCAAAAAAUAUCAUGGACAUGUCUGCAGGUGCCCUAGGCGAGUGUUGGCCGGACGAGGCCGGCAUCCCCUCCGCCCUGCCCUUCACACCCAGCGUCUCCACGGUGAUCAGUCGCCAUGCUGGCCAGUUGGCCGAGAGCCCCCAGGAAGCGCCGGACCCCCAGUGGCCGCCGCGUGAGAGCGGCGUGGGGGACGAGCGUGACGCGGACGCUUCGGACCGCAAACAACAACAACAACAGCAGAAGAAGAAGAAGAAGCGGCGACCCCGCGACGAUGCCUUCGACUACGUGGAGGUCAGGGGUCACGGCGAGCCCCAGGGGGAGAACACGCCGCCGCCGGCCGCAGACAGCUCCCACAGAUCCCCACGCAAGGAGGGGGGGUGGGAGCGGGAGGAGGGGGGACGCAGCGGAGGCGGCGGGGGGAGGGUUAAGAAGGGCAAGAGCCGGAAGAAGAUUCCGGAAGAGUGGGCGAUCAAUGCGGAGCCCUUCGUCCCGGCCUCAGCUGCGGCCAUAUCGGUCCAGAGGCAGGAGUUUGGUGGUGAGCUGCUGCCUGAAGAGGGCGCCAUGCCCGCCUCCCUCACACAGGACCUCCUCUGCCUGACCGCAACCACCCCCUCUGCUCCCGCCACUCCAGCCAAUCAGGCCGCAGCGUUCUCGCCCAAGGGCAUUGUGACGUCAUCGCCCAUGCCCGAGGGUUCCUUCUCCAUGGGCCUCCAAGACUCCCUCAUGGAUGCCGACAAUUCCUGCUUCGGGGACGGCAAAGACGCCUCCUUCCCUCUGCCCAUGACGCUGGGCAAGGCCGCCCCGCUGGCCGCUUCCCCUCUGAGUAACGCCAGCCCCUUCCUGGCAGACAGCGGCGUUUACGAUGACACCAUGUUUGUGCCGGAUCAUUCCUUCGGCGGCUCGUCGUCUGCGGCCGACGUCUCUGCCAGAGAUCCGAUGCUGGCGUUCCAGAGCGCUGGGCUGGACACGCCCAUGGAGGCGCUGAUCUCGGCUCCGCCCUUCACCCCGUCCGGCGCCGUCUGGUCCCUCAACGACUCGCAGCACAACAACAACAACCACGGCGACCCGUUCGGCAUCCCCGGGAUGACCGGUCUCGACUUCGACACGUCUGCCCCUGCUCUCUCCCCUGCCCCGGUGCCCGUGGCGGCCUCCCCCAAAGAGAAGACCCCCAGAGAUGGGCAGAAGUCGGGCAGGAAGUCCCGCACGUCUUCCUCAUCCUCGCCGAAGAGCCCCACGUCCCCCGGCGCGGGGAGGCUGCCGCCCUCAUCGCCGUCCCAGAACUCUGGUCUGAACCCCGCAGCACCGCCGUUCUUCCCCAGCUUCGCUGAGCUCCAGGAGCCCCUGGCUGCGCUGCCCGCCCAGUGCCCGCUGGAAGCAGACAAGACGGAUAAGCCUCACAAGAUGGAUGGCUUCCAAACAUUUGACGACUUUGACAUGUUUGAUAAAGCAGACAAGACCGAGAAGGCAGAGCCAAAAGGCAACCUGGAGAAAACAGAGAAGAUUGACAUGUUUGGAAAGUUGGAGAAUCUCGACAAAAUGGACAAGGACGAGAAGGCGGACACAGUCCGGAAGGCAGAGAAAGACGAGCACAAAGAGAAGGAUAAAAUCGAGCCUGUCGAUUCAAAGGCAAAGACUGACAAACCUGAAACGCCUCAGAAAGUUGAAAACGCAGAGAUGAAAGAUCAAUCUGAGAAAGCCAAGGAAGCUGAUAAAGUUGAAAAUGUGGACCUGGCUGAAAAGGCGAAAGAGACUGACAAGGCAGAGAAAGGUAAAGAAACAGAUAAGAUAGAAGAAGUUGAAAAAAUGGAAAAGGCUGACAAAUUUGAAGCUAAGCCAGAGAAACAGGAAGUGGAGAAGGUGGACAUGACUCCAAAAACAGACGACAAGAAAGUGGAUAAGAAAGAUGACAAGUUGGAGAAGAAGGAGGAAAAAGUGGAGAAGAAAGAUGAAAAAAUGGAGAAGAAAGAUGAAAAAAUGGAGAAGAAAGAUGAAAAAGUAGAAAAGGAGGAAAAAAUGGAGAAGAAAGAUGAAAAAGUAGAAACAAAGGAGGAAAAGGUGGAGAAGAAAGAUGAAAAAGUAGAAAAGGAGGAAAAAGUGGAGAAGAAAGAUAAAAAAGAAGAAACAAAAGAGAAAAAGGUAGAGAAAAAAGAAGAGGUGGUAAAGAAGGAAGAAAAGAAGGGAGAAAAGGUGGCACAGAAAGCUGAAAAGGAGAAAGCUCAAACACCAGCCAAGACUGACAAGAAGGAAGGAGUGGACAAACUGAGCAAGGCAGAGAAGCCCGAAAAGAAAGAGAGCGCUGAGAAGAAGACGGCCAAAGUGGCGGAGAAGAACGACAAAACUGACAAGGCCAAAAAACCUGCAGCUAAACCAGCAGCUACCAGCAAGGACCUCAGCAGCAGCCCAGAGAAGAAGAGCAAGCCCGUUGCCGGGGCGACCAAACUGGUCGCGGCCAAGCCUCGGCCGAGCUCAGUGGCAUCAGCGUCUGCAACUGUUGCCCCCAAACGUCCGACCCCAGCCUCCACCACCACUGCCUCCACCCUCAGUAAAAGAGCCCCUGUGCCUAAGGCCCCUACCCCUUCCACUAUCCCAAAGCGGCCCUCGACCGCCACCACCCGAACCCCCACCUCUACCAUCUCCUCCACAGCUGCCAGAGAGGUCAAACCCAAGACCACCACAGAGAAGCGCCCCCCAGUGCCAAAGGCGAGUACUGCCACCCCCUCAGCCCGCGUCACAGCCACUAAGAACGGCACCACCACUGCCACAGCAACCAGCAAAACUACCACGGCAACCCGCACGUCACUCACAGCCCGCACCACAGCGAGCGCUCCGACAGCACGGCGCUCCAUGGCAGCGAAGACUGACAGUAAACCUGGAGAGGAGAAGAAACCCAGCACUCUGAGGAGCUCAGACUCCAAGACCACCUCCAGGCCCUCGACGAGCGCCAGCACUGGGGCCGCUGCCCGCCCACGCCCCACCACCACCACCACCACCACCAGGACCCCCAGCAGCACUGCCCCGUCCUCCUCCUCCGUGCCUGAGAGGAAACCCCCCGUGCCCCGCGCGCCCCGCCCCAGCACCGCCGCCAAGACCCGCCCGGCCACCGCACCCACACCCGACGUCCGCAAUGCCCGCUCCAAGAUCGGCUCCACGGACAACAUGAAGCACCAGCCUGGCGGAGGAAGGGUGUCGGCGUCUCUCAGCAAGACCGACUCCAAAGACAAAGUUCAGAUAGUCUCCAAAAAGGUGGACUACAGCCACGUCACCUCCCGCUUGGGCUCCAAGGACAAUAUCAAGCAUGUUCCUGGGGGAGGGAACGUCCAGAUCCUCAGUAAGAAGAUGGAUGUUAGUAAGGUGACCUCAAAAUGUGGUUCCAAAGACAACAUUAAGCACAAGCCAGGUGGCGGAGAAGUGAAGAUUGAGUCUCACAAGGUGGCCGUCAAGGGCCAGCCAAAAGUGGGCUCCAUGGAGAACGUCAAGCAUGAACCUGGUGGUGGUAACAUUAAGGCUGAGGGGGCGCAGGAGGCAGCCGAGGGCACAGGGGCUCCCUCUAGUGGCGGCCAGGCUGAGGUGCCGGUGGCCAGCCCCAUGCCGGCCCAAGCACAGGCCCAGGAGAAUGGGCUGAUGAAGGAAGGGCCACCCUGCGGGAGCGAGGGGCUCCGGGACCCCCAGCAGGGCCUGGACUCACGCAUCCCUGAAACAAAUUGAGUCUUUCAAGCUCAACUUCCGUGAGAACGCGCGCUCUCGCACGGACCACGGCGCCGACAUCAUAUCCUGGCCAGCCCUGGGUGACAGCCCUGCCCACAGACCCCCCCUCCACCACCCAACCCCCCGCAGCAUCUCGCUCCACGACUCCCUGGCAUCUGCCAUGCCCCGGUCCCGCUCCCUCUGCCCCCUCCCCCUCACCCCCCCUCAGGAGGAGCAUCGGGGCAACGAGGGCAACCUCGCCGAACACCACAGGACGUGACCCCUCCUCCCACCUACCCGACAUCCAUCCCAACCCACCACCACCCUCAUUUCAUCCCAACCUGAUCCCUCUUCACGGUCUGCUCUCCCCUAAUGCUGUCUGUGUGUCCUCUUACCCCCUGUUCCUUCCUGACUCACCCUUAUUGGCUGAGCUGGUAUUUGGCUGUAUAUAUGCUGAGCUUCGGGCCGGGCAAGGGUUUUAUGAUGAAGGGGGGCGAGGGGUGGGUUUCGAGGCUUCCUGGAGUUUCACUACUGUGCUCGCCUGUAUCUCUCCGGUUCUAAACUAAAUGACUUUGUGUUUGGGGCUCUUUGUGGUGGGAGGGUUUAGCAGCUGGACCUCUUGGUUCUGGGGACAGCUUGUUUGUUUGUUUGUUUGUUUGUUUGUUAUAUUUCCCUGCUGGGUGACAUUCACAGAGUCCUGUGUUCUCCCUCUGCUGCCUCUUUCCCACAGUGUUCACAGUGAACUCAACCAUCUUCAUCCUCUUCCUCCUCCUCCUCCUCCUCUGACUCCCACUGUCUUCUCUGCUCCAUCUCACUCAUAUUUACUCACAGCGCAGAACACCUCAGUCUUAUUUACAGUUUAGCAUCUGGUAAACGCAGUAUAUCCCUCUGGCUGUAGUGAUUUAAAACAAGACAAACACAAAAAAAAAAAAAAAACAGUGAAUUGUGAAUCCUGUAUCAUGUUCAACACUGACUCGUUUAACACUAUCAUAUAUUAUUCACACCACAUGGCGUAUAGAGUUGCUGGUUUGGCUGUAGGCCAUUAAGCGUCCUUACAUUGUGAGUAUCUGGGCUGAUGUAUGUAUUCCCUCUCAUUUCACACAUUCUUCGGCUCCCCUGUGUGGCAACCUUGUGUCCUGCCUGUUCAGUAUGAGAGCAUUCACAUUCACAAUAUAUAGUCUCUUUUAGCAGUUAGGCUCUUUAAAACUCUAAAAAAACUCUGUGUUUCGUGAUGGUGUGUUUGAGUGAUAAUUGUAACACUGAGCUUUGUUGUUGCGUUAAUUUCUGUUCUUUGGAUUUGUUUCUUCUGAGGAUUUUUCUGGCUUUUUGGGUUUUCCUUCACUAGUCUUUGGUUUUAGUUCUGUAUAUUUUCCCUGUCUCUCGGUCUCUCUAUCUGUCUUUUUCUCUCAGCUCUUGGUUUUCCUCAUUCUCUUGAAGCAAUACGACGUUUGCCUACAAGGAUGCACAAAUCCUCGCAGCUACACGCACACAUUUUCAGACCACAGCAGAUCCAUUCUGAUCUGGUUUAGAUCCGGGUAGUAGCAGGCCUAAUGGGCACUGCUCUUUUCUGAAGCCCAAGACUGAGGUAGUAUGUCGACAAGAGAAGGAUACAGGUUCAAGUCGCAAAUCAGUAAGGUUGUAAGGUGUGUUGACCUUCAUGUUUUUAACGGUUAACUGAAACAAUUACCUAGCUUUGAACGGUUGAUGUGUUACAGUUGGUUUAGAUCGACUUGUUUUCUGCUUUGACAUGUUUGAAUAGUAAGGCUCGUGGAAGUUGUACUUAGGGGCUGAGGAUGUGUCUGCGUCUGGUGAAGGAAGUUGGAGAGCUAGUGUUCAGUAUGUGCCUCCUUCUCUCUUUCAUUUCUUACCUGAAAUCCUACAAGGAACGUCGACCCACAACAAUAACACACAGGGUCCUGUCAAGGGAGAGAUACGUAGACUAACAGAAUGUUAUCCUUUGAAACUACAAAACUUAAUCAACCAAUAUUCGUGCUUCAGGAGAAUCCUUCUGAACAGUGUACUCGUGACUAGCCGUGCUUGCUAUCCUGUGGCUGGUGUCCUCUUUCUGAGACGUGUUGUGUUAGUUUGGCACGGUUUUGGACAAGUGCCAGAAAACGGCAUGUUGGUGUUUCAUCAGGACUUGAUGAGUGGACUCGUAGAUGAAGCUUACUCCUCAAGUAGCACUUUUUUUCGUACAGUUGCCUCUAAAUAGCCUUUGUUGUGCGUUGACAAAUAUCGUGCUGUUUUUUCCCCCUAAAAGCCUACACGUACAUGCUUAUAAACAGUAUUUAUAUAAUGACUUGCGUUUCUGUGGCUUAGACUCCAGGUUCUUCUGAAUGUUGAUAAGCGUUCGACUUUUGAGAGGAGGCUGGUGAGGACAGUGUGUUGAAGAUUGACUCAAGUUUGCAGGAUUGUGCGCCUUUUCAUUUUCUUUCUCAUAGACAGGCAUAGGACAAGACCCACACACAGAAUGGAGUUGCAAAGAUUUUGAAUAUCAAGAAGUAACCACACACAAGAACAAAACGAGAUGUACUUUAGAAGGAAUCAGGAAUCAGGAUACAUGCACAGCCUGAUUUCCUAACAAAAAAACCUUACAGAUAUGCUGAGCUAUUUUAAGUACUCUAUUUUAAGCACCUUAAGGCUUAGCAAUGUCACAGAGAGUCGUGAGUGAAGGUAUCCUUUGAGAACUGCUUCUAGUCUGUGGAGGUGAUUCAGUGCCCCAAACUUGUGAUUGCUAGUGCAAGGAUAAUCUGUAGAAUUGGCCUCGGACAGCUUUGAAAUAUUUAUUCUAUUUGUAAGGGUUCCCUGAAGAACUUUCCUUUGUUCGCUGUUGUAGCCAAGACAUAGCAAUACUAAUACAUUAAAUAAUGAUGUAUGAAUAAUGAUUUAUCAUUGUGCUGAACAAAUAUCCCAAGUUGAUUUAUUAUUUUAAUUAUGUAUUUUCCUCUAAAAAAUAUUACUAUGGUUGUGUGCCUGAAUGAGUUUAUCUAAAGCGAAGCCGGCAGCUUCUGUAGUUGAUAUGACCCACAUGAUGACCAGGGUCGGACCAGAUUCCGGUGUGGUGGGGGAGGGGCUCAGUGUCUGUGGACUGCAGGUUGCCGUCUGUUAGACAGGGGUUCCCUUGGUGAACCGCUCUCUGCCGGUUCCCAGUGACCUAGCUGGUGAUCACGGCCGCGUUUUACAGGUGGCUACAGUUACUCACACUUGUGUUUAUCCUGCUGGUUCUGGUAUCUACGACAGUUACCACUCACACUAACCCCACCAUUACUGACGCUUUAGGCUUGCAGUUCUCCCUCUGUAAUCACUUCGAUUUGUAUAUAAAUAUAUAUAUUUUACAGUUUAUAAACCCUUUCUCAUGAUCAGAUACACACGCCAUGCAACGCAUCAUGUAAUGUUAGAAUAUAAACAAAAGCAAUUAUAUGCUAUCAGUGAAAGCACAUUGACGGUUGAAGAGAAGCUACAUCAUUGCUUUUUGCAACUUUAUGUACCCUUCUGAUUUUUAGGGAGAUUUUUUUCCAUUGCUAUAGCAAAUGUGAUCAAUUAAAAAGGGCUAAGUAAACGAAUGUUUUUAAAGCAGAACUUUUAAAAGGCACCAAACUGAAGUUUGUUCUGAUCUUAGUGUGUUACUUGCAUUUUGGUUUGAUAGUUGAGGGCCAGGAGAGGCGUGGAGGAGUAGUUCUCCAGAGUGGUUCCCCACCCAGUUUAUUUUGAGCGUUUCAGUAAGUUUAAUUUAUGAAGGGAAAACUUCAUGCCUACCCUGUCCACCUGCGCUACAACAUUAGUCUUAAAAGAACAAUAAAGCCCUGAAAAAGCACAAGCUCUGGGCCAGCCUUUUCUGGCAUCUGUGGAUGUGAUGGCAUCCUCUUAGAUUGACUCACACGUUGAAGAGAAGUACAGGAAUAGGACUGGUUAGCACUGACUGAUGUGUGCCCGGGACACCCUGUGGAACAGGAAGUGAUUGGAGAGGUCAAAGGUCAUUGUCUGUGUUACCCACACAAGGAUGAUGCCACCAUUGGCCACAAGGCGCUCAUCUGAAGCUGGCAAGAAUGUCCUGUCUUUUAAUGGCCUGGAGAGAUAUACUCCCUCUGCUACCACUCUCUCUGUAAGACUAACAGUUAGCUGUCUGUUCUGAAUCCUGGUCGGAGUCACCCCUAGUCCAGCUUAUAUGGUUAGCGCACGCCUAGUGUGCAAGCAUACUAAUAGAACACAUCUAUAGAGCAUGCAAAAAAACCAGUGGGAUACUGUUAGAUAGACUUGUCAUUUGCAGACAUUGCCAUUUGCAAACCUUUUUGUCUGUUUUUGUUAUUUUUUUUUUUCUUUUUUGUUUUGAUUUUUUUUUUUUUCAUUAAUUCAGAAUUGUUUUGUUUGUUUGAAAGAAGUGUUUAUUGUGGUUAAUUGUUAACUAGUGAUGUGAUUAUUAAACAAUAAAUAAACAUUAAAAAUGUUUAAAAGCA